GCGAUAUUGUUUGCCAUCCAUUGUAAUGCUGUGUAUUUCAAAUUGGAAUUCCAACUUAUCGUCGUAGUACUAGCAGUUCUACGUUUAGGCGAUGGUACAAAACAAUCAACGAAGAUUGCGAAGACACCGGAAGAUGGCAUCAAGGCAUCGCCGAAAACUUCUCCGAAGCCGGUAUCCUGUAAGAAGUGCAACAAAGAGAUUCCUGCAGGGACGCCAUUUUAUGAGGUUGAUCGCGCACCAAAGUGCGAGGAAUGCUGUACU